AGUUCAUUGCUGCGGUGAAGCAGGCCGCCGAGCUGAAAGACGUCGAGGACGCCGGUGCCGCCUACUGCCGGUGAAUUCGGGCGGAGGGGCGGUCACGCGGCUCGUCGGACGGGCAGACCGCAGACGGGCAGCACCGGUGGAGGCGGAGGCGGGACAAAGGGAUCCAUAUCCAUCGAUUCCAUGCUUGGGUGGCAAACCGGCGACAUCAUCAUCGCGCGCACCCUAAAAGGAGGAGACAUCGAAAAAACUCUGCUUUCCCACUCCACUCCCCCGCUCCAACCCCGGCGCCGACCGAUGGCAGCAGAUCCCGCCGCCGCCGCCGCUGCCCAGCAGGUGCCCCAAAGAGAGCCGCCUCCGCCGCUCUCCAUCGUCUCCGCCCUCCCCUUCUGGUUCUACCUCACCGCGGCUGUCUCCCUCCUCGCGCUCCUCCUCCCGCACCUCCUCUCUCCCCACGCCUCCCCUCCCCUCCCGCCUCUCCUCCGCCGCCACCUCUCCGCCGGCCGCCUCCUCAAGCUCCACCCAGGUCCCGACCUCUUCGCCAUCACCUCCCACCCCGCCGCCACCUCCGCGCGCCACCACCACCCCGUCCUCCUCCUCCCGGGCCUCGCCGCCGGGUCCUUCUCCUUCCGCCGCCUCCUCUCCUCCCUCUCCUCCCGCGGCCACCUCGCCGCCGCCAUCGACCUCCCGGGCCAGGGCCUCUCACCACCUCCUCCCGCCCCUCCUCCCCGCCCAAACCCUCUCCGCGAAAUCCUCGACCGCGGCAUCUUCCACGCCUUCGAACACCUCGUGGAGACCGGCGAGGUGCCGUUCCAGGACGAGGCUGCCCCCGACGCGUCCCACUCCUUCUACUCCCCCGCCAACGCGGCCGCGGCCGCGGCCCGCGCCGUCGACGCGCUCGGCCUCGGGCCCGUCCAUCUCAUCAUCCACGACUCGGCCCUCGCCGCGGGGGCCGCCCUCGUGUCGGCCAACCCGGCGGGCGUGCUCAGUGUCACCCUAAUCGACACCACUGCCACUCUGCCGGCAUUCCCGUCGGCGGUCCUCGGCGUGCCGGUGCUGGGGAGACUGGUUCUCUCGGUGCCGGCAUUGUUCAGGGGAUUGAUGCGUCUCUGCUGCGUGCGGGGGAUGGACGCCCAGGAGGCCGAUGCGCACAGGGUGGCCAUGCGUGGGGAGGGUAAGAGGGAUGCAGUGUUUGAGGCUGGGAAGGCCAUGAAUCAGAGCUUUGACCUCGCCGAGUGGAGGACCUCUUCAGAAAAGAUCAAGAGCCUGCCCAUGAUGGUUCUCUGGUCUGGUUCUUGGUCCGAUAAGUGGAUCGAUGAGGGGAAGAAGGUGACCGCGGCAUUGCCGGGCGCCAAAUUCGUCUACCAUUAUGGUGGCCGAUGGCCUCAGGUGGAUGCUUGUGAGGAAAUCUCAAAGCUGAUAUCAGAAUUUGUGGCUGCAACAGAGUAUGGGUCGCAAAAUAUCAACCAAUCAUCGGACAAAUCAACAGAAGCUCACAGCGAUCAUCCAGCUUCAUGAAAACCAUAACUAUCAGAUUCAUGGUUAAAAAUGCCUUGCAAGUGAAUUCACAUGGCUCGGCCAAAGUGUUGCUCGUCUUUCUUGGACCGUCCAUCAAACUAAUAUGGGUUGACAGUCGUCAUGUUCCUAUCAGGUUUUACUUUCGUGUAUGAUAUCAUCUUUCCGUGAAAGCUGGAACAAGUUCACCCGUAGGCCUGUUUUGUCCAUCUUUCAGGUUUUGCUGUCAAAAUGUAACUUGAGACUCUUUGGGCUUAGAGAAGUUCGUGUUAAGGAUUCUGUCAGAAGGUUCGGCUCGCAUCACCUGACUUGGUGUGUUGUGUUGUUUUGUUGCCAUUGAUGAUGGGUGAAAAGCCCGCAUCUCCUGUAAAACAAACAGGCAAAACUGUAACUGCUA